CCUGCGUGGAUGUGGGAGGGAGCGUGUGGGAGCACAAGGAGGGGGGCUGGGAUGGACGACGAAGGAGGGAGCCCGCAGGGCGAAGGGACGCCGGGGGUCCGGAGCUACUGAUGCAGGAACGAGUACCAAUGGGGCGAGGGGCGGCCGCCGCCCGGAGGGCGCGGCUUAUCUCGUACCCCGCCCGCCUCCUCUCACCGCACCGCCCCCGGGCUCGGCACCGCCCCUCCCGCGAUGGCGGCGCUGCGGGCGCUGUUGGCGUUGGUCGCUGUGACGGUCUGGGUACCGCUGUGGGUACCGGGGGUCUUGUCCGGCCCGACCCCUCCGCCCCGCAGCGCCUCCGUGCUCCUGGAGCCCGGCUCGGGCCGGCUCCGCGUGCUGCCCGGCCUCCAGCCCGCCGCCGUGGCUUGGGCCGAGCUCACCGACCACAUCCAGGCCGUCGGGUGGGCGUUCCUCGAGGUGUCCGCCAACGCGUCCUUCAACGACACCCUGCAGGCCUACGCCGCGGGACUGGCCGAGGCCGCCGUCACCGAGCAGCUCAUCUACAUGCACUGGAUGAACACGGCCGUGGGCUACUGCGGGCCCUUCCGCUACGAGACGCAGUACUGCCGCCGGCUGCGGGGAUACCUGGAGGCCAACCUGGCCUGGAUGGAGGAGCAGAUGGGCUCCGGCCGCGACCGCGCCUACUGGCACCAGGUGCGCCUGACGCUGCUGCAGCUGCAGGGGCUGGAGGACAGCUACCGCGGGCGCGUGGCCCUCCCGUCGGGCCGCCUCUCCCUCUCACCCUUCGGCUUCCUGUAAGGAAGGUGUCCGCCCCCAGGACGGGCGCACCGAGCCCCCUACCGCGACGCUGGGAGCGGCGCUCGGUGCGGGGUGCCCCAACCCAACACCCCCCCACCCACAGCCUGCUGCAGCUGGGGGGGGACCUGGAGGAUCUGGAGGCGGCCUUCAACUCCUCUGCCCAGCAGCGCCCACUGGGCUCUGGGUCCUGCUCGGCGCUGCUCAAGCUGCUGCCGGGCUGCCAGGACCUGCUCGUGGCCCACGACACCUGGGCGCCCUAUCAGUCCAUGCUGCGCCUCAUCAAGAAGUACACGCUGCCCUUCCGUGCUGAGCCUGGUGGCACUGCCCGUGUUCCAGGUAGUGUCCAGGUGUUCUCCUCCUACCCUGGCACCAUCUUUUCCGGAGAUGACUUCUACAUCCUGAGCAGCGGGCUGGUAAGUGCCGCUUGCACCCUCACUCCUCCCACCAGCCCCGCUCAGCCCUCCCAUCCCCACAGGUCGCACUGGAGACCACCAUUGGGAACAGUGACAAGUCACGCUGGCGGUACCUGCGGCCUCAAGGCAGCGUCCUGGAAUGGCUGCGGAACAUUGUGGCCAAUCGCUUGGCCCGCAGCGGUGCUGAGUGGGCCAGCAUCUUCCAGCGCUUCAACAGUGGCACGGCGUGCUGGCACACAGCAGGGCCUGCUGACGGUGCUGGAGCAGAUCCCGGGCUUAGUGAUAGUGGCUGAUAAGACAGAGCUGCUGUACCAGCAGGGGUACUGGGCCAGCUACAAUGUGCCGUACUUUGAGGAGAUCUUCAAUGCCAGCGGGAAUCUGGAGCUGGUGCUGAAGUACGGUGACUGGUUCACCUAUGACAAGAACCCACGUGCCCAGAUCUUUCGCAGGAACCAGUCACAGGUCCACGAUGUGGACUCCAUGGUCCGUCUGAUGAGAUCCAACAACUACCUGCAGGACCCGCUGUCGCAGUGCCGGGGCUGCGACCCACCCCACAAUGCUGAGAACGCCAUCUCCGCCCGCUCUGACCUCAACCCGGCUAAUGGCACCUACCCCUUUGCUGCCCUGCACCAGCGCUGCCAUGGUGGCACUGACACCAAGGUCACCUCCUUUGGCAUGGCCCGCAGCUUUGGGCUGGUGGCUGCCAGCGGACCGACGUGGGAUGACGUGCCACCCUUCCGCUGGAGCACAUCCCCCUGCAGCCACCUGCUGCACAUGGGCCACCCCGACCUCUGGAGGUUCCCUCCUAUCAAGGUCCGAUGGGACUGAGCCGGUGUGAGACAUGCCCACGGCUUUCCCUCUUUCUGCAGGAUGGGGGGGGGGCUGCAGGGAACUGCCCCCCACGUUUUUCUUCCCCUGCUUCUCUCACCAUUUGCUGCUGCAUAAUGGGUUGUGCCCCAUCUGUGCCACUGUGCGCAGGAUUGGUCAGUGGGCUCUGACCCUUGUCCCAAAACCAAGCACAGAAGGAACGCCUCUCACAGGGCUCCUCAUUCUGGGGGGCUGUCCCUGGAUGAGGGGUUCCAGGAGGUGGGUCUGGUGCUAGGACAGCUGCAUGGCAGGGAGGGAUAAACGGCUGAGGUUGGUGUAGCAAAUAAAAUGCCCUGUGUGUAACAGA